UCUCAAACCCGGACAUGGUAAUGUAUAUAAACUUAAGUAUUCGUUAACAAAGGCGUCUUCGCAAUACAUCUAGCUCAUCUUAACUGCAGAGCUCUUUUGUAAUACGGAACAUGAGGAGCUGCGUUGUUUUAGCAUUGGUUGUUCUCGUUCCUUUGAUAUCAGCGGCCCCCGGAGCUGACCAGUGCUCGAAAUGCAUGGAGCUUUUUGGAUCCGUGGGGCCCCAGACGGCCGAGGACGUAAUGUCAGCCAAGGGCAUGUGCGGCUUGCUUGGGCAGUGCGAAACGGCACCGUUAGCCACCGUGGAAUAUGACUAUGACGUGACCAAAGAUAUUUCUCGUAACAGCGCAUUGUGUCACAUUUGUAGAGUGAUCACCUCUACCCUCCAUCGCUUCUUGGCCGAUCCAAAGUGGCAGCAAGUCAUCCUUCGCCUGCUGAAGCUAGUCUGCAAGUAUUUGCCGUAUAUUGGCAACACGUGCACGGCGCUCGUGAACGAAUACGGUACCAUGGCCAUUGAGUUCCUCGGAAAAUUCGUUCAGCCACAAAUCUGCAACACGCUGUUCCACAUCUGCCCAAAUAUGACAGACGCUAUGUUUGCGCGCGAUGACUGCCGCGUCUGCGAGUUCGGCUUCGGAAUAGUGUACGACACCGUGAACGACCGCUCCCUGCACGAUCAGCUGCAGACAUUCUCGAGCUCUUUCUGUGAGACCGAGCAACCGUCUAAGCGCAAGGAGUGUGUGACGUCAUUGCGUCCAUUUGCGGACGGCGUCAUGAAGCUGGCCGCAUACAUCAAGAACGAUCCGGAGUUUCAAGGGUUCUGCCAGAAAAACAACAUGUGCCCAGCAGGACUGUACAUGCCGUAAUCCACCGGACCUUACAGAAUGGCUACAUUCCACUGAUAAUAAGACGCGAAAAUUUGGCACCAACCAAUCGAAAUUUGAUUGGAUAUUAGUAGCUAAAGGACAUCAACUAAACCGUUCUAAUGCAUCGAAUAUGGUCGUUUAGCAGUGAUUUGUAUAUGAACUUACUCUUGAUAAGAUUCAUUUGAUGAUACUUAUAUAAACAAUAAGGAGAAUUUACACAAACAAAAUAUUUUUCCAAUAACCAUCUUUUUUGAGAAAAUUGUAAUUAUAAUCUUAUAGGCUAACAAUUCAUACACAACUUUAAUCCCAAUUCUAUUUAAGAUUUUUUUCUUUGUUUCAUGGAAAAAGACUUAAUACCUGUACAUUAUGCCAAAACAAUGAGGAAUGUACGUAAAUACCAACAAAUCUAAAAAUGUGACUAUCUUCCGAGUAUGUAUUCUCCAAUAAAUAUACAAACAAUA